UUUUAAUUUGUUGGCAUUGAUCGAAUCUUGGUCGACUCGAAGCAACUGCAAAAUCCUUCGCCAUUUUCAAUUGAAUGGCCUAAAAGGUGUAGUAAGUUCCCAUGGAUCGUUGGACAGGAAUCUUGAAGGUGCCAUUGUACAACACAUUUUAUCGAGUUGCUGCUUCACUUUGCCUUUCUCCUUCUUCCAAAUCUCUCUCUGUGCCUGUUGCAAAUGCUAUUUUUUUCAAUGGAGAUAAGAUUGAAGGGACGGGAAAUCCAGUGAUUGAGAGGCUAUCUGACCUGCAGCAAAUUGCUGAAAUCUUGGUUUCGAAAUUUGGGAAUUCUAUCAAUGCUUGGGUUAUUGAGGCACCUGUCUUCAAUGGACCUUUUGCGGUUUAUAAGGACUUUAUACCUUCUGUCAAUGAAUAUGGAGAGCCUAAAUCUUAUGAUGCAGAUGGUUUCCCUGCUUCUUCCUCCAUUGUCUUGCUUUUGUGGAAUUGCUUAAAAGAGGCAAAAAGAGUCAUUUCAGGGAAACAAAAAGAGCCCUAUCAAGCUGAAGUUUCUACGUCAUCUUCAAGUACACCAAGAACU